AUGGCGUCGGAGAGCUCAAGCACAGCAGUUCCCGACGUGCAAUCUCGAGAAUCGGAUGCUACGGGUCUUGUCGAUUUGAAUGAUAUAACUGGCACCGCUGGAAACGCGUCGGGCGAGUCGCUGUGGGUCCGCAAAUGGGACGACACUAACAACCAGCUCUACUACUUCAAUUUGCGCACGCAGGAGAACACAUGGGAAGCACCAAAAUCAUACAAGGCAGUUCUGACGUCUGAGCCUCUAAGAAUGGACACACAGAGAGCAGAGGAGGCUGUUGAAGACCCACCACAGGAUGAGGUUAAGCACAGCGACGCCACUGUGACGAUCCAGAGCUUGUAUCGCGGCCGCAAGGACCGCAUGAGAGUCAAAGAGGCGCGGAAGUGGACAGAGCAAUUCGAUCCCACCACAGGGCAUAAAUAUUUCUACAACAGUGAGACAGGCGAGUCGCAAUGGGAGAAACCCGUCGAUUUUUUUACUGGACUUAAAGACGAGCGAAGCGCUCGAGCCGUCAAGAUCCAGAGUGUAUUUCGUGCGAAGAAAGAUCGAGAUCGCGUAAAGCAGCUUGCAGAUGAAGAGGAAGAAGAGGAGCAACUAGAGCAACAGCUACGAGAAGAACGUGAAGCUGUUGCCGCAGCAGAAGAGAAGCUGGCAGCUCUGGCUGCUGAGUCGAGCUCUCGAGCGCAAUGGUGCGAGUACUUUGACCCUCGAUCGGGCAGAUAUUACUACCGACACUCUGUCAGCAAUACGAUCACGUGGGAGAAGCCAGAGGAGUAUGUGUCCUCCUGGGUGGAAGGCAGUAAGCGAGAUCUUGCUGCUUUGUCCAUCCAGUGUGCAGCUCGGAAGCGAAUCGCAGCCAAUGAGGUCGCAGCCAAGCGAAAUAAAUUACGUGCACUUACAGACCCGGGUACAAUGCAGCUUAAACUGGGAGAACUGAAGCAGGUGUCGGUUGAAAUCCAAGCAGAGAUCGAGGCUCGAGCGCUUGUGUCCAGGGAGGAAGAACAACAUAUCAAGAGCCACGUCGUAUCGCUGGAAAACAGAGCAGAGGAUAUCUUGCUAGCAGAAUGUCUAGCCGCUCGUAUUGUUCACGCUGAGCGCUUCCAUAAAGCACUGAGUGAGAUGCGCAGCGAGUGUCUAGCACUCCUGCGCAGUAUCUUGCUGAUGAACAGCUACUUUGUGGACCUGGACGUUGCGAGGAUAAAUGCUGCCUUCCGGGCAUUCACGAACUGGAAAUCGCACGAAGUGUGUGCGUUGAAAGACUCUCGUCUGCUGGAAUUCGUGCAAGGGACUGACGUUUGCGAGCUUCUUGAACACGUUGACGCUCUUCUCCAUCGAGCAAUGGGACCAACAGAUUUCACCAAUGGAGCGACGUCUGCAGCAGGCAAAAGGUACGAGGAUUGGCAUCCCUUGGUUGCUGCUGCUCUCGCUGGUGUUCGUGAGAUGGAGGAAAGCUUGGUGCAGAAAAUACAGAUGCUUCGUGGAUACCGAGCUGCUGAAGUGAGGAAGAGGGAGAUUUCGCACAUGGCUGAAGAGGACUUACUUGCCUCACGCCUAGUACACAUACAGCGACGCCACAAGAACGAAGGAAAGGACCAUGCAGCAAUGCUAAUCAAAUGUCAGGAAUGCUGGAAGAAGGGCUUGAACCAGCGAGAUGAAGACUUGCAGACUACUGGCGUUGAGAACAUUAACAAGAUGCGGAGACGUAACGAGCCUGGAACCCUUCACAUUGCGCCGACAAGCGAUUCUGACCCAGACAACAAUUCUAAGCUGUCAAUAUGGGAAGCCACCAAGGAAGGAUUAUCUGUCGAGGUCGUGAGUGUACUGCUUUCGGAGGAAAGAGAAAAGGCUCGUCGACUUGGCUACAAUUUUGUGGUGAAGACAACUCGCUCCGAUCACGGCGAAACUCUUAUUCAGAUUGCAUGCUGGUGGGGUCACGAGCACCUGAUGAGAUUCUUUUUGGGAGAAGGCGCUAAAGUUGACUGUGUCGAUUGCACGUCCAAUCGCUUUUCGCUGCUACACGAUGCAGCUCGACGAGGUCAUUCGAAUAUCAUUCGAAUUCUGCUUGAACAUGGGCUUUUGUGCAACGUGACAGACAGUGCAGGAGACACACCGCUCCAUUGGUACGGGGAGGCGUCAGGGCAGCACGCAAGAACAAUUUCAGUGCUGUGCUCACACUGUUAG